UUUAUUUCUGAUAUCGGGACCCUAAUCUCUUGGCAGUUCUUCUUAGAAAAAUCUGAGCAGAGCUCUGUGCGUGCCAUCUCGAGCAGGUCGGAUCUUCCGCUGGAACGCUAACUCUAAUUGAAACUUGUUUGGCCGGCUCUUCCAUCUUUCUCUUAUCAGGCUCAGCUAGCUGGCCAUGGAUAGGUACCAGAGAGUUGAGAAGCCGAGGCCGGAGUCGGCUAUAAGCGAGAAUGAGAUCAGAAUUACGUCUCAGGGCUUGAUUCGGAAUUAUAUCAGCUAUGCGACGAGUCUCUUCCAGGAUAAACGAGCUAGAGAAAUCGUUUUAAAAGCAAUGGGACAAGCUAUCAGCAAAGCUGUAGCUAUUGCUGAGAUCAUAAAGAAACGAAUUCCUGGACUGUAUCAAGAUACCACUAUCAGUUCAAGCAGCAUUACUGAUGUGUGGGAACCCAUUGAAGAGGGUCUUGUACCCUUGGAGACAACAAGGCAUGUUUCGAUGAUUACAAUAACUUUAUCCACGAGGGAUUUAAACAGUAGCUUGCCUGGGUAUCAGGUUCCAUUAAAUGUAGGGCAGCCAAGGCAACAAACGAGGCAGCAACCCCGGCAGCAGCAAGUGGGGCAAACUUAUCAUCAGCCUAGACAAGCACAAAAUCAAUAUAAUGAUGAUUACUCCUAUGCUCGAGGACGAGGUCGAGGUAGAGGAAGAGGAAGGGGUUUUGGAAGAGGUGGAUAUGGUGGAUAUGAUGGGUACGGUGGCUAUGGAAAUUAUGAAGAUGAGGGGAACUGGAACUGGGGUCAAGGUGGUGGGCGUGGAAGAGGUUGGAAUUACCAUGGUUAUGAAAGAGGCCGAGGCAGUCGAGGCUAUGGUGGCAGAGGCUAUGGUCGUGUCCGGGGAAGGAUGGGUGGCCGGGGAAGGGGAAACUCGUUCGAGUAAGAGGUGUUGCCGAUACACCCUCGCACUCUCAAAUGCAUGGUUUAUAUUUACUACAAAAAAGAAAAAAAAAAUCCUAGGUUUUAGUUAUCAUGUAAAAUUACGAAAUUAUCCCAAGGGUUUUAUGCAUUAAUUUCUUAUUGUGCUGCAAUAUUUUCAAUGUGAAUCUAUGAAUCCAAUUAGUGUUUAGUAUUGUAUUUUUGGUCGCUUGAAGUUUAGGGGUGAUUGUAGUUCUUGUGGAUGGUUCUUAUGGUUUAU